CAGAAAGACAAGCAACAUCCUCAAGACGCAAAGGACAAGUCAAAAAUGGCCACCAUGCUGAGGUCGUGGACGAUGCUGGCAGCUUUGGUCGUGUGUCUGCUGCUCUGUUGGAGCAGCUUUUCGGUCGCGUACCCUGCUAAACCCGUGAUGCCGAACAAUAACGCACCUCCAGAGGAAUGGGCCAAGUACCACGCAGCCGUCAGACACUAUGUGAACCUCAUCACCAGACAGAGGUAUGGCAAGAGAGAGACUCCAGAGGAGAUGGCAUGGCUGCUCUUUGGAGCUGACUCCAACCAAGACUUUGAGCCACGGUCGGAAUACAACGAUCAGUGGUAAAUCACUUCUAAUGGAUGAAAAGAAACCCAAGGAGCUCCAAAGACAACCUGGACUGGACUAUGUAACUCUUUCCCUAAUUAUUUAAUAUGCAUGCAGCCCCAACCCCUCACUCUCCCUGUAUCUGUAAAACUGCCUUUGGUCAAAAAGUGUAAAUAAUUUAUAUUAAAAGUAAUUCA